ACCUGAUCUGGAGUAAAGGCAGCUAAGAAGGAUAAAAAGGAGUCAGCUAUCUUCUAGAAGUAUUUAGCUGGACACAGAUAUUGACAAGUGUGGGACAGAAUAAAGCAGGUUUACUGAAGAAUGUCUGGACGUGGAAAGAAAAAUGCCAAACCCCCAUCGGUAUCAAAGAAAAGCAAGUCGGCAAAAGCUGGACUGCAGUUCCCAGUUGGCCGUGUCCUGAGACUCCUCCGAAGAGGGCACUAUGCUGAGAGAAUUGGUGCUGGAGCUCCAGUGUACCUGGCUGCAGUGUUGGAAUAUCUGAGUGCUGAGAUAUUGGAACUGGCAGGAAAUGCUGCACGUGAAAACAAGAAAGGCAGGAUAGGGCCAAGACACAUCCAGCUGGCAGUGAGGAAUGAUGAAGAGCUGAACAAGCUGUUUGCAGGCGUGACCAUUGCUGAAGGCGGGGUCAUGCCCAACAUCCUUUCCCAGCUUCUCCCCAAGAAAACGCACACAGCUGCUGUUCCUACAGGGGAAGAAUCAAGUCCUUGAUUGAUUUAUUUUUCUUUGUGGAAUUCCUCUUGUCUCUUCCUAGCUUGAAUUUUGCACUUAAGGACAAUGAGUCUCUCUAGAUACUAUUUAUGUAUGAGAUGUUGAUUAUGAUGAAUAUUACUCAGGCCCACUAUUUUAACGGUUGUUUUGGUUGGUUUUGUGUUUUUGUGUUUUUUGUUUUUUUUUGUUUUUUGUAAUACUUGUAAUAAACUUCCUGAAAUGCAACAACUGACUCUAAUCUAUGUUCUGUGGAUAUUGUUUGUCUUUUUUCCUCCUUCUCAAGAUAAAGGAAUGAUGAUUUGAUUUAUUUAUUUUUCCAGAAAAAUGUUUAUCUUGCCACUUGUUAAACAACAUAAAUGCUGCAUGCUUGCUUUCCAAACCCUGGAAGUAGAGCUAAUUUUACAUCCUAUCCAGUUCUGGACUGUUGGGUCUAGUUCAGUUCCUAUAAGUGAAAAAGCUGCUGCUGCUACCAUCACCACUACUAACACAGUCCACCCCAGCUGAAAAUGCUGGUCCCCCAUGGGGGCAGGAUGAGGUUAUACAAUUGCUUGACCAACCUUAGCUAGAAAGUAGCAGAGAUGUUUGUUAUACUAAAAACAAUAACAUUGUCAUAGUGGCUAAAGGAAUGCUUUUUUUGUUUUGUUCUGUUGGUGCAGACUUAUUCUUUUUUGGGGACCUGAUACGCUGUGCUGGCAAAAGCACUCUUGCUGGCAUAAGCUGCUUCUCUACUGAGUAGUUGGCUCAUGUAACUAAGCCAGGCAACGUGGGAUGCUUUAGUGCUUCCUGCUCAUGUGCUUGACUUGCAUUAGCUUCAUGCUGAAGGGACUGAAAAAUAGAAAUGUCCCCACUAGUGCCUCCAGAGGGUGUCAAGUUUUUGGAGAAUCAGUGUCACUUUAACAGACAUGCAGACUCAGCAGCAUAGGGACACAACUUGGCACCUGCAGUACAGGGACAGAACUGACUUCCAGCUGUUGUUGCAAUUGAGACUGAUCAUAUAGCUGCCUCUUUCUCCCCUCCAAGUUGGUUCCUGUAGUGGUUGCCCCCUUUGCCCUGCCCUAGUUACCCUACUCUGCAGGCUGAUCUGUGACAGCUUCCACACUUAAAAACAAUCAACAGAGCCGGGGCUGGCAAUCCACUAGAAAUAAUGGACUGAAUGAAUGCACUUGCACCCUAGUGUCGGUGCCACUUGUGAAUCAGCUGCCAUCACUAUCCAGCCUUUGUGAGCUGGAAAAGAAUAUCUUCACAG